AUGGGCUUCCGCACACGCAGGACUGGUGCUGCCGCCGGCUCGAGCGGCGAGGCGAUUCCACUCAACCUGUCCUUCGGCAACUUCGAGUUCGAGGACAUGAAGCGACUUGGCAAACGCGGCGGUGGUGUGCGGGAGUUGGCGUCGCUGCUGCGCCACGCCCAGCGCCAGCGGACGGCGCACUCCGCCCUGCUGAGCACCGAGGAGGGCAUCGAGCAGCGCAACGCGGAGCUGCUUGGCACCGCCAUGCAGCGCGCGGCCGGCAUGAAGGUGAAGGAUGACCCGAAGCGCCUCGCCAAGGCGCUGGCGAAGCGGCGCAACAAGAAGCGCAGCUCUGCGAAGAAGUGGGCCGGGCGGCUGCAGAAGCUGCAGCAGUCGGUGGACAGCGUGGUGGAGGACCGCACACUCGCUCGGCAGACCGCACGGGCGCAGCGGGAGAAAAAGACGAAGGAUCGGCAGCGGAAGCGCGAGUCGAAGGGUGGUGCUAGUGGCGGNGCUGGCGCCAAGCGGGGGAAGAAGGGCGGCGAUAGGAAAGGCCCCGCUGCGAAGAAUAAGAACAAUAAGGGUGCCAAGAAGUCAAGAUAA